AUGUCUGGCCGUGGUAAAGGAGGCAAAGCUAAGACUGGAGGAAAGGCCAAGUCCCGUUCGUCUCGUGCUGGUCUACAAUUUCCCGUUGGCCGUCUUCACCGUAUGCUCCGCAAGGGAAACUACGCUACUCGAAUCGGUGGAGGUGCUCCUGUCUAUUUGGCUGCUGUACUCGAAUAUCUGGCUGCUGAAGUGCUUGAAUUGGCUGGAAAUGCUGCAAGAGACAACAAGAAGACUCGAAUCAACCCACGACAUCUCCAGUUGGCUGUAAGAAAUGACGAAGAACUGAACAAACUACUGUCUGGUGUAACCAUCGCGCAAGGAGGAGUACUGCCGAAUAUUCAAGCUGUGCUGCUCCCGAAGAAGAGUGCUGGUGAAAAAGAGUGA